UCUCUCUCCUCUCUCAAAAUCUUCGAUCCCUCCAAACUACAGCUUAUUCUUCAAACGACUGAGAUCGAAUUAUGUUCCCCAAUCUCCUGCUUUGCUCUCACCGUCUUGACAAUUCCAGGAAGAAGAAGAAGAAGAAUGGAGUUGUGAGGAGCAAUAUGAAGGGCGGUGAAUUUGAAGUUGAAGAUGAUCAGUUGCAAUCGCCGUUCUCCGUUCCUUUCCAGCGAUCAGAUCCUCUGGAGCUGAAGCAAUCCAGAUUUUCUCUGCGUUCCGACUACUCUUGCUGCAGAGGCGCCGCCUUCAAGGAGAAGAAGAAAGGCGAAAUGGCCAACAAGGUCUCCAACUUCUCCGAUCUCAUUCAACGAGUCACCGCUUCCUGUUUGCUCCACCCUCUCGCCGCCGUCCGUCAUGAUUCCGGCGAGAUCGCCGCUAAGAAUCGCGAGGCGUCCUACGAUUCCGACGAGCUCGACGAGGACGAGGAGUCUGCGGAAGCAGAAGAAGGAGGUGAAGGCCAGGGAUGUGGAGGUUGAGAAUCUCAGAGAGAAGCUCAAGAACUCUGUGACACUUUCCAAGGGCAGCAGCUAUGGCGGCAAGAAAGGAAGAUCGCAGUCCAAGAGGAAAGUCGGCUGCAGUUUUGGUCAAGUGGCGGCAUCCCCCGUCCCUGAGCUGUUCGAGGCCACAAUGAGCCAAGUGAAAGAGGCCUCAAAAGCCUUCACAUCGCUUUUGCUCUCCCUUAUGCGCUCUGCUCACUGGGACAUUGCUGCUGCAGUGCGCUCCAUAGAAUCAGCCAUUGCUGAAACUGACAAUGCUUACCUUGACACUGUUGCCACCACCCACCAUGCGAAGUUUGCUCUGGAAUCUUAUAUUUCCCGCAAGAUUUUCCAUGGGUUCGAUCACGAGACCUUCUACAUGGAUGGUAGUCUCUCCUCGCUGCUCAAUCCCGACCAGUUUCGGCGGGACUGUUUCACCCAAUAUCGUGACAUGAAGGCCAUGGAUCCUGCUGAGCUUCUUGGAAUCUUACCAACUUGUCAUUUUGGCAAAUUCUGCUCCAAGAAGUAUCUUUCCAUUGUUCACCCCAAAAUGGAGGAGUCCUUGUUCGGAGACUCGGAGCAGCGUCGACAAAUCUUGGCUGGUAACCACCCCAGGAGUCAGUUCUAUGCCGAGUUCUUGGGGCUGGCCAAGGUGGUUUGGCUGCUUCAUUUGCUGGCAUUCUCGCUCGACCCAGCUCCAAGCCAAUUUGAGGCAAGCAGAGGAGCUGAAUUCCAUGCACAGUAUAUGGAAAGUGUGGUGAAAGUCUCAUGUGGACGGGUAUCAACUGCUCUUACUGUGGGAUUUCCAGUUAGUCCUGGGUUCAAGUUGGGUAAUGGUUCUGUCAUCAAAGCCAGAGUUUUCUUAGUUUCCAGGAAUUGAGAUAUUUUUAUGGCAUUAUUUAGCUUACCCACAACUUGUUAUGCUUUCAUCCUAGUUUGGCUAAAAGAAAAACAACAAUAAUAAUUGACAAAAAAAAAAAAAAAAACUUUUAGGAUGGUAGAACAGUGAUUAUAGUAAGCUGCCGUCAUCAUUGUUCCACCUUUUCUUUGAGUUGUAAGUUGGAAUCCUUCUUUCUUACAUAUUUGUAAUUUAGUAAUCUAAAAGAAUGACUAUGGCAAGUCAUUCAUGUUUAUAAUUAUGUAUGAUUAUGUGUUUACCUUGAGUUAAAUGAUAAUAGAUGCACUAUUGCACUGUGGUACGAAACAA